AUGGCUCAUUUCAGCUUAGCCCAACCCGCUACCGGAGAAAUCGAACCCCUUAACAUAGCUAUAAUCGGCGCGGGCUUAACAGGUCUCACCUUCGCUCUGUCUAUCUCCGCCUUGCCUCCCCACGCCCGAUCCCACCUCCGCUACACCAUCUACGAAUCACACCACAAUUACUCUGAAAUCGGAGCCGGCAUUGGAUUUGGCGCCAGUGGCCAUCGAAUCAUGAAAUUGCUGCAUCCAAAUUUCUGGGAAAAUUAUAAGGCUAUUGCGAAUUGGGGUGAUGACGAUGUGUGGUGGGAUUUUGUGGUAGGUGACCGAGUUGGUUGUGCACAAGAGAAGAAUGAAAAUGGGGAAGAGUGGGAAGGGAGAAGAAUAGCACAAGUACGAAUGAAAGAGGGGAGAGAGGGUCAGAGUACUGCCCACAGGAGAUCCUUGAUGGAUAUACUGAUCAAGCUUCUCCCUCCGUCUUGCGAUGUGAGGUUUGGAAAACGUUUGGUGGGGAUUACUUCCUCUUCCUGUUCUAGUAACUCCCAAGAUUCCAAAGUCACGCUACAAUUCAAAGAUGGCACAACCGCCUUCGCAGAUCUAGUGAUUGGCGCCGAUGGCGUGAAAUCCAUAUGUCGCGAUCUAGUCCUUACACCCACCAACAAUGCCGCAGCGCUAAAAGCGCGUUUCACGGGGAAAAUAGCCUAUAGAGGAUUAAUACCAAUGACGGCAGCGAAGGAAAGUAUCGGGGCGAAAGCGAGACAAAGAAUGUUUUAUCUGGGACAUGGGGGGCAUGUGGUUACAUUCCCGGUUGAGGGAGGAAAGAGUAUGAAUGUAGUAGCUUUUGCAAGUAGGGAAGAGGGGGUUUGGGAGGGGAAUUGGGUGAGAGAGAAUGUGGAGGAGGAGUUGGGGAGGGAUUAUUUGGAUGGGAGGUGGGGGAGGGAUGUCGAGGAGAUUAUGAAGCUCAUCCAAUGCCCCUCCUACUGGGCAACAUUUUACCACCCCACCGCUCCCACCUUCCACCACCCCACUCUUCCCAUCCUCCUCAUCGGCGAUGCUGCCCACACCACUGCUCCGCAUUUUGGUCAGGGUGCUGGUCUUGGUAUCGAAGACGUAUAUAUACUCACGACACUGCUCUCGCAUCUUCCCCAUCCUUCCCCUUCCCCCACAUCUCCUUCUACAAUUCCCACCCUUUCCCCCUCCCCUCAACCCCAAGCCCCCUCCCUCCCAAUCCCCAUUCCCCUCCCCCUCCACCUCCGCGCCCUCUUCACAGCCUACACUCAAACCCGACAACCACGCGCCACAACCGCCGUAUCCGCCUGCAACUACUACGGCCACAUGCUGGACAUGGAAGAUUCAAUUAUUUCCGACGAUAUCCAGAAGAUAGAAGAGGAAGUACGGAGGAUUGCGGAGACGAUCUGGGGAUAUGAUGAGAUUGGGGAGGGGGAGAGGGGAGUACGGAUUAUGAGGGAGGUUAUGGAGGGGAAGAGGGAGACUGAAGAGAAUUGGGCAUCCCGUCCGCUCUGCCAUACACAAGCUUCAGAUCGGUGGAUUAGUAGUUGGGUGGGUGACCACCAGCGAAUCCCCACUGUUGUAUGUAUUUUGUUUUCAGCUCCUGCUUUUGUUUUGCCCAAUAGGAAGCAACCAGCAACCGAUUAA